AAGAAGAAGAAAAAAAAAAAAAGGAGAAAAGCGAGGAGAGCCGUUCCACGAAUGCCAAGGCGCAGCUCCUCUCCCCUCUUUUUUUUUUUUUUUUUUGGAGAGGCUAGGAGCGCGCGCGCGGGGACGCGCCUGUCCGUGCGGGCGUGUGUGUGUGUGUAUGUGUGUGCUCUCGUGUGUGCUUGCCUCGCCGUCGCCCCCACCCUCGGCUGUCUCUUUCUCUCUUUCUCUGCCUCCCUCCCUCCCUCUCUCUUUUUUUUUAAAACCUCUGCGCUCAGUCAUGAGUUGCCUGUUGAUUUCCUCUUGAGUGGCAAGACAAGGCGCGGGGAGGCGAGCGGGGCUGAAAAUUCAACCGCAGCGAGCGCAGGAGCGCAAAGCCCUGGCAGCCACGCGCCGAGGCAGCCAAGAGAGGCGAGGGCGAACGGCAGGAACCCGAAGAAGGGAGCCGAGCGGGCGAUGUGGUGGCGGCUGCGGUGGUGGCGGCGGCGGCGGCGCCAGCAGCCCCAGCAAAAGCAGCAGCAGCAGCAGCAGCGGCGGCGGAGAAGAAGGCUGCCGGUCUUCCUAGCGGAGCCUCCACGGCCGCUUCGGAGCGGGCUGCCGUUUUAAAAAAAAAAAAAUCGCCCUCGCCCACCCACCGACCCACCCUCCUUUUCCCCGCCGCCCUUCCGCCCAGCGAUCCGCUGCAAAGCCGGAGGAGCCUCGGCUCCGGAGGGCGCUUCCUUGCUUCUCCAGCCAACCCGCCCAACUCUACCUCUUAGAAUUUCAUUCUCUUGUUUUUUUCUUUUUUUUCUUUCUCUCUCUCUCUUUCCAACCGGGGAAAAAAAAAGAAGAAGAAGAGACAGAAGAAAGAGACAGAGAGCGAGCUUUUCGGAACUACAAAUCUGGAGGGACUUGGACCCUAUAUAUAUAUAUUUACCUAUUUUUAUUUUUAAUUGUUUUGCCUUGGGGGGGGGGACCGGCCCUUCCUGGUUGCCUCCGCGGAGCCUGGGAACCGGUGGCGGCGGCGGCGGAGGAGGCGAAACGCGUCCGGCGGAGCCACGGGGGGGGGACCCGGCGAGAGGAACAGGGGGCGAGCUCCGUAGUGGAGCAGGAGCGAGGCUGCGGCUGACCGCAGCAGCCAAACGGGCGCGAUUAGAUCUCCCAAAGGCAGCCAGCGGGGCGGCGAAAACACCACCGGCUCGCACCCGAGACGCUGCGGAGCCGCGAAAAAACGUCUCCCAUCUCCUUCUCCCACCGAAGCAAGAUUUGGCCCAGCGGUUCUGCGCUUGCCAUCCGCCUCCUUUCUGAGGUCUUUUCCCGGCUCCCGUUUCCGAGCCGCUUCGGAUCAAGGAACCCCUGGUUGUUGUUUUUUUUUUUUUUUUUUUUUUCUGUGUGUGUGUGUUUUUUUUUCAAGGACCCCCCCCCAUUCCCAAGGAGAGAGAGAGAAAAAAACAAACUCCGUUUUCUGCUUCCCAGCCUCUUUCUUCUUGUUGUUGUUCUUUUACGCUUCUCGUGAGGAUCUUUGGCAUCGUGGAAAGGGUUUGAUUUUUUUUCAUUUUUUUUUUUCAUUUUUUUUUUUUUUAAAGAAACCGCUUCCUGCCUUGGGAAAACGGGUUAAUCUUCCUCUCCUUUCGGUCGCCUCCAGGAAGGGGAAGGGGGAGGGGGAGUUGAUUUUUUUGCUCCUCAUCCCUCCUCCGCCUGGCUGAAGUUGGACGGAGCAAGGGGAAACUGCAGCACGGAGGAGGAGGAGAACCAGGAAACAAAAAACAAGAAAGACCCCCCCCCCUUUGCCUGCUGGCUGAUUGCAGCCUCCACCGCCCUUUGCCGUGGCUUGGUCCACAGCGGUGCCUGCGCCGAGUCGAUCGUGCCGAGCAACAGGUUCGGGAACUUGAAGGGGGAGAGCGAGUGGAGGAGGAGAAGGAGGAGGACGAUCGCCUGGAAAGCAGAGACGCCAACGCGGCGGCGGCGUUGGCGGAGAAGCUUGCCCGGUCCUCGCCGUCCGCUGGGAUGUCCCUCCCCGCCUGGUGGUGGUGUUUCCCUCUCCUGGGCUGGGCUCCAGCCUCGGCUUUAAGGAACCUGAACUACUCGGUGCCGGAGGAGCAAGGCGCCGGCACGGUGAUCGGUAACAUCGGCCGCGAUGCCCGGCUGCAGUCCGGGUCGAGCGGCGGCUCCUCGUCGCCUUCGCUGGAGCGUCCCCGCGGCUCCAAGGCCACUUUCCGCGUGCUGGAGAACUCGGCGCCCCACCUGCUCGACGUGGACGGCGAGAGCGGCUUGCUGUACACCAAGCAGCGGCUGGACCGCGAGGCGCUCUGCCGCCGCAGCGCCAAGUGCCAGCUCUCGCUCGAGGUCUUCGCCAACGACCAGGAGAUCUGCAUGAUCAAAGUGGAGAUCCAGGAUCUGAACGACAACGCGCCGGCUUUCCCGUCCGACCAAGUCGAUCUGGACAUCUCCGAGAACGCGGCGCCGGGCACCCGCUUCCCGCUAGCCAGCGCGCACGACCCGGACGCGGCCGACAACGGCCUGCGCACUUACCUGCUCACCCGGGACGACUACGGCCUCUUCGCCCUGGACGUGAAAGCCCGAGGCGACGGCACCAAGUUCCCAGAGCUGGUGGUGCAGAAGCCGCUGGACCGCGAGGAGCAGAGCCACCACACCUUGGUGCUGACGGCCCUGGACGGCGGCGACCCGCCCCGCUCCGGCACUGUCCAGCUCAACGUGCGCUUGAUUGACUCCAACGACAACAGCCCGGUGUUUGAGGCGGCCUCCUACGUGGUGGAGCUGUCUGAGAAUGUCCCCUUGGGCACCGUCCUCCUGGACCUCAACGCCACGGAUGCGGAUGAGGGCACCAACGGCCAGGUGCUCUAUUCCUUCAGUGGCUACACCCCGGACCGGGUGCGGGAGCUCUUCAGCAUCGACCCCCAGACGGGCUUGAUCCGGGUCAAGGGCAACCUGGACUACGAGGAGGGCAAUUUGGUGGAGAUCGAUGUCCAGGCCCGGGACUUGGGUCCCAAUCCCAUUCCGGCCCAUUGCAAGGUGACCGUGCACCUGUUGGACCGCAAUGACAAUGCCCCCACCAUUGGCUUCGUCUCCGUGCGCCAGGGGGCGCUGAGCGAGGCCGCCCCGCCGGGCACCGUCAUUGCCCUGGUGAGGGUCACCGACCGGGACUCUGGGAAGAAUGGGCAGUUGCAGUGCCGGGUGCAAGGCAGCGAUGGCAGCGGAGGAGAUGGGGCAGUGCCCUUUACUCUAGAGGAGAACUAUGACAACCUGUAUACGGUGGUGACGGACAGGCCUUUGGACCGGGAGGUGCAGGAUGAAUACAAUGUCACCAUCUUGGCUCGGGAUGGGGGCAGCCCGCCUCUCAACUCCACCAAGUCUUUCUCAGUCAGGAUCCUAGACGAGAACGACAAUCCGCCCCGCUUUAGUAAGAGCCUUUAUGUGCUGCAAGUGCCUGAGAACAACAUCCCAGGAGAGUAUCUGGGAUCUGUCUUGGCCAAAGAUCCCGAUCUGGGCCAAAACGGCACCGUCUCCUACUCCAUUCUGCCAGGACACGUGGGGGAUGUCUCUAUUUACACCUAUGUCUCAGUCAACCCAACCAAUGGGGCCAUUUACGCUUUGCGCAGCUUCAAUUACGAGCAGACCAAACAUUUUGAGUUCCACGUGUUGGCCAAAGACUCAGGCUCUCCCCACAGGGAGAGCAAUGCCACUGUCCGUGUCACUGUUCUGGAUGUCAACGACAAUGCCCCCCUGAUUGUCUUGCCAGCCCUGAUCAAUGACACUGCCGAACUCCAGGUUCCCCGUAAUGCUGGCGUGGGCUACCCUGUGGGCACUGUCCGAGCCAUGGAUAAUGAUUUUGGGGAAAGUGGACGCCUGACCUAUGAGAUUGUGGAAGGCAACGAGGACCAUCUCUUUGAGAUGGACCCUAUAAGUGGGGAGAUCCGCACCCUUCACCCUUACUGGGAAGAGCUGAGUCCUGUGGCCGAGCUGGUGGUGAAAGUUAGUGACCACGGGAAGCCCAGUCUUUCAGCAGUAGCCAAGCUGAUUGUCCGGGCUUUGGCUGGACCUCUGCCUGAAGCCGGGGAGCCCCAGGUCAAUGGGGAGCAGCACCGUCGGCCUCACUGGGACCUCUCGCUGCCCUUGAUUGUCACCCUCAGCACAGUUUCCAUCAUCCUCCUGGCUGCCAUGAUCACCAUCGCUGUGAAGUGUAAACGUGAGAACAAGGACAUCCGCACCUACAACUGCCGUAUUGCUGAGUACAGCCACCCCCAGUUGGGUGGAGGGGGCGGGGGCGGGGGCGGGGGUGGGGGCAGCGGAGGGGGAAAGGGCAAGAAGAAGAAGAUUAGCAAGAAUGACAUCAUGCUGGUGCCCAGCGAAGGGGAGGACAGCCGGGGACCCCUCAACGUCAUGAAUGUGGUCAGCAGCCCAUCCUUGGCCACCUCGCCCAUGUAUUUUGACUACCAGACUCGCCUGCCCCUUAGCUCGCCCAGGUCCGAGGUGAUGUUCCUGAAACCUGCUUCCAACAGCUUGAGCGUGCCCCAAGGCCACGUGGGAUGCCACACCAGCUUCACAGGGCAAGGGACUAACGUCAGUGAGGUUCCCCCAAGCCGGAUGUCCAUAAUACAGACAGACAAUUUUCCUGCAGAGUCCAAUUACAUGGGUAGCAGGCAACAGUUUGUCCAAAGCUCCACAUUCAAGGAUCCCGAACGAGCCAGCCUGAGAGACAGUGGGCACGGGGAUAGCGACCAAGCAGACAGUGACCAAGAUACUAACAAAGGCUCAUGUUGUGACAUGUCCGUGAGGGAGGCACUCAAGAUGAAAACAACUUCAACCAAAAGCCAGCCGCUUGAACAAGGUGAGUGGAGAAACAAACCAGUGCUUGCAGUGUCUUUCAGAUAUCAACUUAGAUAUCUGAAAUAUUUCU